AUGAAUACCAUACGAGUUUUUGUUCAAUUUGCUUUCUUUGUUUUAAUUUUGGUUUGCGUAGAAUGUCAAUUGACAUUUUCACCGGAUUGGGGUAAACGUUCUAUAGCCUUUACAAGUGGCAGUAGUAAAGACUACUUUGAAUCUCAAACGGGCAACUGUAAAUCAUCUAACGAAAUGUUAGUACAAAUUUUCAGGUUUAUGGAAAAUAAAGCUCAGUCAUAUUUGAACUGCAAAAACAAGGAAUAAAUCUAUAAGAAUUAAAGCACAAAUAUUCUACUAUGAGGAUAAGUACGGGUGGACAAUGAAU